AUGCCACCACACGCAGGUCCAAUCGCUAACGUCUCGUCGAGCCCCUAUGCGCCCAAAUAUACCGACUCGCUCUCCCGCCUCACAAACUGGUCCAUUAUCGAGUCCACCCUCCGCGAAGGCGAGCAGUUCGCCAACGCCUUCUUUGAUACCGCCAAGAAGAUCGAGAUCGCCAAGGCCCUCGACGAUUUCGGUGUCGAGUACAUCGAGAUCACCUCCCCCGCUGCUUCGGAGCAGUCUCGUCUUGACUGCAUUGCCAUUGCCAACCUCGGAUUGAAGGCCAAGAUCUUGACCCAUGUCCGCUGCCAUAUGGACGAUGCCCGGAUUGCCUGUGAGACCGGUGUUGAUGGCCUGGAUGUCGUCAUUGGAACCAGUUCCUACUUGAGAGAGUUCUCGCACGGCAAGGAUAUGGAGCGGAUUAUCAAGGAUGCGACCGAGGUGAUCAACUAUGUCAAGUCCAAGGGUCUCGAGGUCCGUUUCUCGUCUGAGGAUUCGUUCCGUUCGGAUCUUGUGGAUCUGUUGAACCUGUACAAGGCUGUUGACCAGCUGGGUGUGAACCGUGUUGGUAUUGCCGACACUGUUGGCUGCGCCAACCCCCGCCAGGUCUAUGACCUCGUCAAGACUCUUCGCUCUGUCUUGAAGCCCACCACCGACAUUGAGUGCCACUUCCACAACGACACGGGAUGUGCAACGGCAAAUGCAUACGCAGCGCUGGAGGCCGGCGCAACACAUAUCGACACCUCCGUCUUGGGCAUCGGCGAGCGUAACGGCAUCACCCCCAUCGGAAACCUCAUCGCACGCAUGUUCACCGUCGACCCCGACUACGUCGCUUCCAAGUACAAGCUCCACCAACUCCGAGACCUCGAGAACCUCAUCGCCGAUGCCGUCGAGAUCCAAGUCCCCUUCAACAACUGUAUCACCGGCUACUGCGCCUUCACCCACAAGGCCGGUAUCCACGCCAAGGCCAUCUUGAACAACCCUGCCACUUACGAGAUCUUGAAGCCCGAGGUCUUUGGUAUGACCCGCUAUGUCUCGAUCGGUCAUCGUCUCACUGGCUGGAACGCUGUCAAGAACCGUGCUGAGCAGCUUGGCUUGGCCUUGUCCGAUGAUGACUUGAAGGCCAUUACCGGCAAGAUCAAGAAGUUGGCCGAUAUCAAGAACCAGUCCAUGGAGGAUGUCGAUGGACUCUUGAGGAAUUUCCAUGCCUACAAGGUUGCCGGUGAUCAUUCGGCGAUCGAGCAGUUGUUGGUCCUCCCUAAGGCUGCUGCUGCUGCUGCUACUCCAGAGGCUGUUGCCGCUUAA